AGCUCUUCCUCCACGAUGGAACGGGCACUUGAGAAGAUACGGCCACACACACUAUCAUCACUACCCCACCAAAGAAUACCUGCAACUCUCUUACUUGCUCUGGAAUCCACCAUCGAAGAGCAGAAGACAGAGCGGACACCAACAGCAUAUUUCGCCCUGCUUCUAACAAUGCUGGAUGGGAAUAUUCAAAAACAAAAUGUCGAAAUGAGCGACGGGGAUAUUCUUCCAGCUCUGUUAUAUCUAUUGGCGACUAUUGCCCCAUUUGUGUCGCAGCCGGUGCUUCGAUCCAACCUACCGACUGUUUUAUCCUUGACUGCACCAUUGUUUCCCUCCCUUCUCGCCCAUGCACCACCUCUUCGAUCUCAACUAUCGCUCUAUCAUACAAUAUUCACGUCCUUUGAUCGCUCUCAGCUCGAGAUAAGGGAUGUUCGUCAAGCAUUUGCAACUAUAUUGCAGCUCUGUCUUGACUCUCGCCCCAAAGUCCGCAAAAGGGCGUCUGACCUUGUAAAGGAUGUCCUCACAUCACCUCCCACACCCUUACUACAGCACCCAUUUGCAGACCGCGUUGCAGAAUGGGUUACGACAGCUCUUGUCGAAGUCAAUCAAGGUCCCUUUUCUCGAUCCAAGCAAGGGAAAUCUAGUCCGGGCGCAGAGCAAGCUAUACAUCUUUUGGCAUCCCUACGCCCAGUUCUCUCAUUUCUUCCACCACCCUCUUUACCACCAAUAUCCACCUUACUUUUAUCCUUACCCCGGCUCGGAAACUCGUUUCUUUCCCAAGCCGCGUAUUCAAUAUUGUCAGAUCUUUGUUCCUUGAAUACGGAAGAUGAUUAUUCGUAUACGACCGCUUCAAUCCCUGAUAUCCUCAAGGCAAUCCUUUCUUUCCCGCCGGCACGCUCAGAUGCAUCAUUAUCUUGCACUUGGAUCCAUCUCAUUGGAGAAGCGAUGCUAAUCUAUCGACGAACGAACCAGGGCGAAUGUUCUGCUGAGGUCGGAAAGGCAUGGAAGACAGUAUGGGUGUUUUUAGAAUCGUCAGAUUCUGCCAUAAGAAAAGAAUCAUCGCAUACACUUGGGGUCCUCUCACGAUGCUUCAGCCUAUCUAUGGUACAAGCGGCAGUCGCAGACAGCGAGAAGACAGUUGUUGCCAAGGCCAUCUCCCAGAUUUACAAAGCCCUCAAGUCUUUGUCGCACAACCACGCGGUUCCCGAACUAUUGACCCUCACUUCAUCCUUGAUUGAAAAUUUGUAUUCUAUUGAAGAUAGCACGCCGACAUUGGUUCAGGAACUGUGCGUUCCUCUCAUUAGACAGGUUGGCCAACUCCGGACGCAGAAAGGCUUCGAAUACCGAGAAUCUGCUGAUUCGACAUUGACCACUGUAAUGCGAGUUUUGGGACCACAAGUGCUGUUGAGCAUCCUCCCACUAAAUCUGGAACCCAAAGAUAGAGACGCAGGUCAUGAGCCCCGGGCUUAUCUUCUGCCUUUAUUAGCACAACCUCACCCGUCGUUGCUUUCCCACUUUGUGUCCUAUUUCGUUCCUCUCAGCGAGCGGAUGUUCGAUUUGGAGCAGAAGGCCGAAACAGAGGGACGACAGUCUGAAAGCAAAGUCUGGCACGUACUUGUGGCGCAGACAUGGGCGGGAUUUGUUGGGUAUUGCCACGGUACACCGGACUUGGAACAGUCGCUAACACAAGCCUUCUCCCAGCUUCUCUCGCAGCUCCUGUACAGUCAAGUCGAACUCAGACCCGCUAUUCUGAAAGCACUGAGAACUAUGGUGGAUUCGAAUCGUGCUAUUGCGAUAUCAACCGAGAGUGCAGUGAACCCAAAUCGUAUCACUGCUGAGUCGGCCAACCGCAACAUCGAAUUUCUUCAAACGCAAGCGGAGAGCUGGCUUGCGGUAUUCUUCAACGUCUUUGGUAGCGUUGGUAGAGAUAGUCGCAACUCUGUCGGGGACGCGAUUGCCUCUUGGGUUUCCAUUGCUGGAGAAUCGAAUAUAACCAAGGCCUAUGCUAAAGUCUUCGAAAUGUUUAAGACGAACUUGCGUCAGCCACUUCAUGCUUCUAGUGAUGGCAACACGAUCAUAACUACGCAAGAUCUCCUAAUCAUGCUUCUAUCUCAUCUUUCUACCACCGAAGCCAAUGCUCUAUUCACGCUUUGUUUGUCAGAAGAAGUCUUAUAUUCAAAAGACAACGGAGUGCAAAAACGAGGCUACAAAAUUUUAUGUAGACUUGUUGAAUGUGGCGACAUUUCGAUAGACACCGAAUCCGUGAUUCGUCAAUUAGGAGAAUACACUGGUGGCCUUGUUCCGGCUGCGAAGAAGGACCGAUUCACUCUUUUAACUUCUUUAGUACCUGGCAUUCCACCCUCCGCUAUGCAUCUCAUUCCAUCCUUAAUACCCGAAGCUGUUCUUGGGACAAAAGAACCGUCUGAUAAAGCCAGAAAUGCUGCAUUCGAUCUCAUCAUUGCUAUGGGUAAAAAGAUGAGUGAAGGUGGUGUGGUCAAACGCAACAUGAUUGAUGGUAUGGACGAAGACUUACAGGAAGAUGCCACUGCGAAUAUUGAAGAGUUCAUGAUGAUGAUAUCUGGCGGGCUUGCGGGCGCGACGCCUCACAUGAUCAGUGCAACUGUAACUGCAUUAUCGCGUCUAGUGUUCGAGUUCAAAGAUACUAUUUCGACGCGCAUGCAUACCGAAAUUUUCUCCACUCUUCUCAUGUUCCUCACUUCUGCAAAUCGAGAGAUUGUUAAAUCAAUUCUUGGCUUUGUUAAACUCGUUAUUCACUCACUUCCUGUUGAAAUUGUCCGGCCACACCUGAAAGUUCUCGUUUCCGGUCUGCUUGGUUGGUCGCAUGAUCACAAAAACCACUUCAAGGCCAAGGUCCGCCAUAUAUUCGAACGAAUGCUGAGAAGAUUCACUUGGGAGGAAGUGCACUCCUGUGCUGGUGAAGAAGAAGCUGCAAAAAUUAUAAUAAAUAUCAAGAAGCGGAAGGAGCGCGCUAAACGCAAGAAAGUCAAUAAAGAGAAAAAUGACAAUGAGGCUCCGGUUAAAGCCACAACCGGCGAUUCUUUCGAAGAUGUUUUAUACGGUAGUGAGAGCGAGCUCGAGGAUAGUGAUGAUGAACGAGAACCGACAGAGCCAACCAACCAACGGAAAUUCGAGGGAUCUCGCCUGAGGAUGGAUAAUGACGAGCCCAUGGAUCUGCUCCAAGGGACGGCGUCUCGUGUUACUAACGCACAAUCAAGUCGCCGUCGAAAGCCUGGACAAGAAGCCUCGCAAUUCAAGACAGAUGAUGACACUGGAAAAAUGAUCAUUGAUGACUCGGACAAUGACUCUGCAGGCGCUGCAAAGACAGAUGUCGCUGGGGAAGCCUACCGCGAGAGUCUCACGUCUGUAGAUGGUUUUAAGCGAGGACCUAAUGGCCGGGUCAAGUUCAACAAGGACACCAAAAAACGGAGACGAGAGGAUAGCACCGUUGAUGAUGGUGUGGAGAUGGGCGAUGGUGACAUCUCCGCCAAAGUCCAGAAAUCCAAACGGAAGAACGAUGUCAAACUCGGUCACGAAUUCAAAGCGAAGAGAGCGGGCGGAGACGUAAAAAAGGGUGUUUUGGAUCCACAUGCAUAUUUGACUCUUUCCCAAGCGUCAAAACGAGGAGGGCACAAGGGCCAGCCGCGAAUGGGUAUAACAGGAAAACGUUGA